UUUUGUAGGUGGGGUUCAGUUAGUAAAAAUGGUGUUUGAAGGCUUACUGGUGAGUGUCCUCAACCGUUUUUUGGGGCCUUACUUAAAGAACUUGGACUCGUCUCAGCUGAGUGUUGGCGUAUGGAGUGGUGAAGUGAGUUUAAAGAAUCUGCAACUCAAGGACACUGCACUGACUCAGUUUGAUAUACCAAUAAGAAUAUUCAAUGGGCACAUUGAUGAGCUUCAUUUGAAGAUCCCAUGGAAGAACCUCUACACAGAGCCAGUUAUAGUGAAUGUUAAAGGUGUUUAUAUUGUGGCCGGACCUGAUUCAGGGAUAUCGUUCAGUCGAGAAAAGAUAUUAAAAGAGGAAAGAGAAAAGAAGCAAGGACAACUGAAAGCAAUUGAAGAUGCAAGAACAGCAAAGGCUAAAGACUCACUACAGAAGGAGCAAGAUCCUGGCUUUGUAGAGAAACUAAUCACACAGAUCAUUCGCAAUGUCCAGCUAUCAGUUGAAGAUAUUCACAUACGCUAUGAAGACAAUUCUACUGUUCCUGGCAAGUGCUUCUCCUUUGGAAUUAGUUUAGACUGUCUUAUGAUAAAGAGCACUGAUUCUAAUUGGACCAUUGUUCCUGCUCCUGAUGACUCUUCUUCACUAAUAUUCAAGUUGCUCAAGCUGAACUGUCUUGGUCUGUAUUGGAAUCCUACUGACAGGCUGAUAGGUACUGCAAAGGAAUGGAAGGACAUACUGAAGAGAGACAUAGCCAGACAAGGGAAGAAACUACCUUCAAUAAACUACUUGUUAAAGCCAUUGUCUGGUGUAGCUAAACUGAAGGGUACCACUCAAACCGGACGUGUUCACCCUCAAUUGUCACUAAGUCUACGUUUAAAUGAAGUUUCAAUGACAAUAGAGAAGGAACAGUAUCAAGAAGUGAUAAUGUUAGUUGAUCAACUGGAGAGGUUGUCUGUCAUCAUUUACAUGUGGAUAUUUGCAUACAAUGCUGUUGUUGGUGAGGUAGUGAGUAGGAAGCUAAGCAUGAAAUGGGAACGUAUCAAAGCACACAGGGAAUUGUGUAAAAAGUACACUAAGCUUUAUGCUGAGAAGCUUUCAUCAAGUUCUCCUGGUGCUCCUCUUGUUGCUAAGCUCCUGGAUAUUGAAGAUAUACUUGAUGUGUUCAAUAUUACUGUCUGUAGACAAAAAGCUGAGAAAUCAGCUGCUGAUUUAAAGAAGAGAAAGGAUGAAGCUUCAUGGUGGAUAUUUGCAUACAAUGCUGUUGUUGGUGAGGUAGUGAGUAGGAAGCUAAGCAUGAAAUGGGAACAUAUCAAAGCACACAGGGAAUUGUGUAAAAAGUACACUAAGCUUUAUGCUGAGAAGCUUUCAUCAAGUUCUCCUGGUGCUCCUCUUGUUGCUAAGCUCCUGGAUAUUGAAGAUAUACUUGAUGUGUUCAAUAUUACUGUCUGUAGACAAAAAGCUGAGAAAUCAGCUGCUGAUAUAAAGAAGAGAAAGGAUGAAGCUUCAUGGUACAACUGGGCAUCAAGCUGGGUUGGUGGGGGAGAGAAAGAAAAGAAACAAGUCAUGCCUUCUGAGGAGGCAUUGAAGCUAGAGAAGGAGAAGUUGUACCAGGCUAUUGGUUAUAGUGAGAAAGGAAAAGCAGCAGAUUAUCCUAAAGAAUAUGUAGCUCAUGUUGUCAAUUUGGAUGUAUUGUCUGUGUCACUCAAUCUUCAAUCGGAGGGUGUGAGCAUAAGCCAGCUAUCCAUCAGUGAUAUUAACUGUCAGUUUCAAAACAGGCCAUCAUCCAAGAAUAUCAGUGUUUCUGUUGGAGUUAACCAGUUAUCAAUGACUGGUGCAUCAUUGGAUGGAUCACAUCCAGUUAUCCUCUCAUCUCUUAAGAAAGACCAAUUGUUAUCAUUGAAAUACGAGAUGAACCCAUUAGCCAAACCAGUGGUUGAUCACAGCGUCAAUGUAUCACUCCAACCAGUACAAGUCACGUAUAACUGUCACACUAUACAAAAAGUCUUAGAAAUGUUCAAGCUACCUCCUUCAGUUCGUUUGCAUAAGACGUCGUCACUAGCAGCUGUGGCCCUGGAUCAGGUUAAGACCCAGGGUCGUAUUGGGCUCCAGCAUGCUAUAGAGAAUAGGAAGAUACUUGAUAUCAAUGUGGUGCUUCAUUCUCCUGUUGUGUUAUUACCUGAGGCUGGGGUACUGGAUGGCGCUAGUAGGAUAUUGGUUGUUGAUCUGGGGAGUUUGACACUGACUAGUGAUAUGAAGCCUGUUCUACCUGAUCUAAGGAAAGCAUCUCAGAAGGAACUAGAUGAUAAUGCUUACGAUUAUUUUGAUGUUAAAUUGGAGGGUGUGCAAGCUCGAUUGACUGGAAAAGAUUGGAGAGAUACUAGUCACACUAUAUUAAAGCCGUUGGAAGUUGAUCUUCAGCUUCAGAAGAGCAUCAUUCCUGAUGAUACCAGACUGCCUGGCCUAAAGGUUGACUGUAAUAUGACUAGUGGCAUUGAGGUUGGAGUUAGUGUACAGAAGAUUAAAGAUGCUUUGAUUUUAUUUCAAAAUUUCCCACUCCCUCAAUUAUCGAAUGACACUGAUCUUCCCUCAGCCCCUGAAGCCUAUGAGACCUUUGAUGAACCCAUUGCAUUAAGUACUGAUACUAUUGUUGAAACUGCCGACAGAGUUACUGAAAUAAAGAAAGCUAAGAAUGAAAGCAGUGAAGAAGAUGAAUUUGUGACUGCUAGUGAAGGCUCGGAUGAAGAAUGCGAUGGGAAAGAUGAAAAGAGCCUUUCAUCCUCUGCCAGUGUGUCUCUAGCCUCACCAAGAACCACCACUAAAGUACAGGUCCAUUUCUCCCUCCCUCUCCUCUCAGUUGGAGUCACUGAUGAUACUAAAGGGAGUAGUCUAAGGCUCUCAUUGCCUGAGCUGUCUGUUAAUGCUAGAGUAGAGUCUCAUAGUAACAGUGUCUCAUUGAGUUUAGCUUCAAUUGAUGUUGUGCAUAAGAUCAGUGAGGAGAGGACUGUUAAUGUGUUAUCAACUGUUGGGAAUGAGAAACUGAUUGUAGUGGAUUUACUGCAGGCAAGUAGAUCUGGUCCUUAUUUCAAUACAAAGUACAAUUCCACUGGAUUGAAGAUGGACCUCGCAGUAAACACUCUUUCCCUUGAAGCAGCCACUGGCUCAAUAUCUCAUUUACUGUUGAUGGUAGACGACAUCACUUCUGUCAUGAAAUCCAAAUCUCCUCCAACCCCUGCUAGUACUAGUAAAGUAUCUGAUACAACUGAUUCAGUUUCACCAUCAUCAUCAUCAUCAUCGUCAGCACUAUCAUCAUUCCCAGAAGAAAAGACUUUAGACGUAUCCGUAAAAUGUAAAGGAGUAAAACUCCUAUUAACAGAUGCUGCUGGUGUCAUUGCUGAAGGGGAAAUGGGCCCUCUGGCCAGUGAUGUCGUUAUUAAGCCUGAGAAUGGUACUAGCAUCAAAACAAGUUUGAGUAACCUCACGUUGACUGAUACAACCACCAGCACUCAGGUCAUUAGUACUGUUGCUGAUCCUUUGAUUGAUUUUGGUCUUCAAAUUUAUAAAGUUCCUUCGGCUGAUAAUGCUGACAUUGAAGUGAUGGCUACUGUCAACAGGAUACAGGCUGCAGUUAUGUUCACGUUCAUCAAGAGGUUGCUAUCAUUUGUUAAGUCCAUGAAUGUUAAGAAGGAGCUGGUUGAAUCAGCCAAGGAAGCCACGAAUGAACAAGCUAAGAAAGCUAUUGAAACAGCAAAGAAGGCCAGAUCUAAGCGUAUUAAACUAAAUAUAACAGUUGAUGCUCCAGUGGUCAGCCUCUUACUGACGUCAGGUGCUAGCUUCAUGGUCGAUCUUGGCAUUCUUCAAUUAUCAAACAAGUUUGAGCCAGCCCUCAAGCACUACAGCAAUACAGGAGAUGAGCUAGUGGACGUAAUGAGUCUGUCGCUGAAAGAUUUGCAAGUUGUGAGACGUUUUGGUAAAGGGUCCCACACCAUCAUAUCCCCAGUAACACUUAAAGGAGGAAUCAUCAGGACAUUGGAGGCCCUUAAUACAGACAUACCUAAUGUAGGGAUUGAGUUUAACAUUGACAGCAUUGGUGUAUCAUUUAAUCCUGGAGAUUAUAACGAAGUGUUUAAUUUGCUCAAAGAAUUGCCUUCAUCAUCUAGUAAUGAAGAGUCAGCUGAUACCAGGAAUGUUAAGUCAUUGAGUAAGACAGGGCCAACAGCUGAUCCCUCAUCAUCAUCAUCAUCAUCAUCAGGGAGUGAUGGGGACUCUCCAUCUGAUUUCAAGCUUAACUUUAGAAUGAGUAUCGGAUCACUGGGUCUAUCUGUGGAGAGUGACUCUAAACAGACUGAGAUUGUCUCCAUUAAACUAACUAGCCUAGAGUCUUCCUUGGGGCUGGACCACAAAUACAUUAAAAUUGGCUUCCUGAUUAAAUCAUUGGAAAUUGCUGACCCACUCUCCAGCUCUUUCCCUCUGAUCCUCCAAACAAACAGCCACUCCAGGGCACUUAAUGGACAGGUCACGAUCACUAAGGAAAUUCAGAAAUCUACCGAAGCCGCUCAAAUGUCCAUCAAUGUAGGCAUUGGCAGCCACUCAUUGACAGUUCUGAUGUCAUUCAUCAAUUCUCUAAUGGUAUUAUUUUAUUAA